UGCCUCCCUCCCUCUCCCUCUAUCAACCCCUCCCUCCCUCCCUGUAUCUCGGUAUUAAACAGAUCUGCAGUAGCUGUGUGCUGUCAUUCUCCAUCACAUCUGCACUCAACUGAGACCAAGCUCACAGAACACCAAAGACCACAGCCUCAGACAGGAUGCCGUUUGGAGGAGGAAACAAGUGUGGGUGCUGCCAGAAGACGGUGUACUUCGCCGAGGAAGUCCAGUGUGAGGGGAAGAGUUUCCACAAGUCCUGCUUCCUCUGCAUGGUUUGCAAGAAGAACCUGGACAGCACCACCGUGGCAGUGCACAUGGAUGAGAUCUUCUGCAAGUCCUGCUACGGCAAGAAGUAUGGGCCAAAAGGCUACGGGUUCGGGGGAGGAGCCGGCACCCUCAGCAUGGACAAGGGCGAAUCGCUCGGAAUCAAACAUGACGAGCCGGCCGCACACCGUCCCACCAACAACCCCAACCCCAACGCCUCCAAGUUCGCGCCCCAAGGCUCCGACGUGUGCCCCCGCUGCGGGAAAGUCGUCUACGCCGCCGAGAAGGUGGUGGGGGGCGGAAACUCCUGGCACAAGGCCUGUUUCCGCUGCGCCAACUGCGGGAAGGGCCUGGAGUCCACCACGCUGGCCGACAGAGACGGAGAAAUCUACUGCAAAGCAUGCUAUGCCAAGAACUUCGGCCCCAAAGGAUUUGGAUUCGGUCAGGGCGCAGGGGCGUUGGCACACGCCCAGUAGGUGCCGGACCUACAGAACGCGACGGACGCCUGGCCCGCGUGGAUUUUACUGCUCCCAGCAUCCUUCACUCACUCCCAGCAUUCCUCUGCGGAACAUGACGUCACACCAGCACACAAGGUGCAAGAGCUCAGACUCACUGUAGCGGAUGGUGAACCAAACCAACCAAUGAGAGAAUGUUAGUCUUUUGAGGUCAAAGGGGAUACAGUCUCCUCCUAUGAGGGAGGGGGGGGAAAAAAAAGAAAAAAACAAAAAAAACUUCGACCAUAUUUUACCAUCCGCUCAAUUCCAUAUCUAAUACUUUUCAUAACUACCGUGCUGGUAUUACAUACUGUGAGCAUUUUAAUAAAAAUAAUUAAAAAAUUGACACUCCCCAUGUUACCACUAAUGGGCGGUCUGUUCAACAGGAGAGCAAUAGCAGUAUGUAAAGCGAACGUCAUUUCGUGGACAAUUAAUCUUAAGUUUAACACAGGACUGCUGUUCUGCAUCACUGAGCUUGUCCGGAGGCCACUGCUCUUAUCGAAACAGCCUUACAGAUAAUGUACACCACACAUUUCCAUAACCCCCCUUCUGUUUUAACUGCAGCUCAGUAGAGCUACUGUAUCCCUGUCCAUUCCUUAACUUUAGACAUGCCCAUCAUCGCACCCCCUUCAAUAACUAUAUUUAUUAUUUCUGUUCCUUCUCCAAAUUUUUCAGGCAUGCAGAAACUUUCAAAUGUCAUACACAGCCAAAUAAAACUGAAUGAUGUGUUAAUAUU